CGCCGUAGUUUUCUUUUCUUUGCAAACCUAACAGCGUGACAGUGCGUAGAAGGAAGAAUUCCCUGCAGUAGUUCCUGGAUUAACUUCAGUCUCAGGCAGUCACAGCUGGAGCAACAGAGUCCUGCUGCGGCUUAACUAGUCUUCAUUCGUUUCGUAACAACCGAAAGUGAAACAGGACUGGGCAGGCUCUGGGGAGAACGUGAUUUGCUGUCAUUGGUGGUAGCUCUCCACUGAUGCUUUCUCUGCAGACACGUUCCCAAACUCGUCCUCAAAAGAACUUUUCUGAUGUAGCUAAUCUGCUUCUGAUUUGAAUGAUGUCCCAGCAGGCACCAUGCUGGUGAUGGCCUGGCCACCAUGGAACUCUAUUGGAGCACGGCCCUGGCUAGGGACUCAGAAAACACACCUGAAAAGAAUUUGUCUCCACUACCAGCAGUAUCUGAAGAGACAUUUUCUCAGAUUUUUAAAUAAUGCGACUGGAAUAACCAUCUUCAUUCUUUGCUGCAUCAGUGCAUAUCUACCAGGAAUAGAAGCUGAAAGAAGAAGGUGGGAGGCAGUUAUAGAUGAUUUGAAUGAGAUUAAAUACACAUCUGAUAGCAUUGAUGCCUGUUUAUACACUGCAUAUACAGACAAGCCAGAUGAGUGCGAAGUACAAGUGAUGGAAUGCUUUUUGUUAGAGCUGAAAAUGAUUUCCCAUGAAUGUGAAAUCAGAAAAGGAUGUAAAAUCAAACAGCACGUGCGGAAUGUGCUGGCAAAUGUAAAGGCAAAUUUACCAAAGAAUACAAGUUUACUGAACAGUCCGAACAGGAAUAAAAUAACAUGCAAACAAUGUGAAGAGUACGAAGAAAGAAAUUUUAUUAAAUUUAUAGAGACUUUCGAAGAGUUUGCAAAACACAAACUGAAAUUUUUACCGCACGUUCCUAAAUAGGCUUUCUUUUUGAAAGUGCUUAAGGGAAACUCCAUAAACUUUGCCGGCACUUCAAGCAAUAUAAUCAUUGGAUGGAUGGAGAGACAGACUGUUCGGCUAUUUUAAGAACUUUGUAAGACAGAAAGGCAGAAAAAACAAAAUACAGCAAAGAAUAAUCUGAACUAUGAACUGCGCCACAGACUAUUUUGCCUUUUUAUUUUUAAUUUACUACUUUCUCUGGGAAGCUAUUAAAAUGUAAAAUUAUGUGUAUUUUAUAAGCAUUUUAGAUAAAUAUUUGCUCUUUGCAUGUCUCAAUAAUUGACUACUACUUAGAAAACAUAGUAACUUGUACUGCAAAUAUUUUAUUUUCCAGGAAAGUUUAACUGGU